AUGUUUCACAAUAUGAUGCACAAAGAGAUUGAAGUUUAUGUGGACGAUGUAAUCAUUAAAUCAAAAGAGCAGUCUAACCAUGUCAAAGAUCUGAGGAAAUUCUUUGAAAGGCUUCGAAGAUUCAUUGCUGAACUUACGACAACCUGCAAACCGAUAUUAAAUUUAUUAAAGAAGAAUGCUAAAGUUGAAUGGACUGAGGAAUGUCAAGAAACAUUUGACAGAAUCAAGAGGUACCUAUCAAGUCCACCUAUUUUGAUUCCUCCAGAGCUAGGCAGACCUUUGAUAUUGUACAUGUCUGUGUUAGACAAUUCUUUUGGCUGCUGGAAGUUAUUGUUUGAUGGAGCUGCUAAUGUAAAAGGAGUGGGGAUAGGAGCGGUACACAGAGACUUGAUACAUUCUCCUCCAUUUGAGUUGCAUACAUUGACUGCUCCAUGGCUUUUUGUGGCUUGGGGAAUGGACGUAAUUGGACCAAUUGAACCGAAGGCCUUGAAUGGACAUAGGUUCAUCUUGGUAGCCAUUGAUUAUUUCACGAAGUGGGUGGAAGAAAUGACUUUCAAGUCAGUGAUCAACAAAGUGGUGGUUGAUUUUAUUCACUCCAACAUAAUUUGUCGGUUUGGCAUUUUGAAAAUAAUUAUCACCGAUAAUGCUGCAAAUCUCAACAGUCAUUUGAUGCAAAAAGUUUGCCAACAAUUUAAGAUUAUGCAUCAAAAUUCUACUCCUUAUCGCCCAAAGGCAAAUGGGGCUGUAGAAGCUGCCAACAAGAACUUAAAGAAAAUACUUCGCAAGAUGGUGCAGGGUUCCCGACAAUCACAUGAAAAGUUACCUUUUUCUUUAUUGGGUUAUCGUACUAUAAUUUGGACUUCAAUUGGUGCAACUCCUUACUUAUUAGUGUAUGGAACUGAAGUAGUUAUACCUACAGAGAUUGAGAUUCCAUCUUUUCGAGUAGUUGUGGAAGCUGAAAUUGAUGACGACCAAUGGGUCAAGAUUUGUUUGGAGCAAUUAAGCUUGAUUGAUGAAAAAAUAUUGAUGUCAGUAUGUCAUAAACAACUAUACCAGAAGAGAAUGGCAUGA